AAUGAAGAUGCCUUAUAAUGCCUAUAACGGUUAAAACAACAUUAUCCGGUUAUAACUUGCUAGGUGGUUACAUGGAUUCAAAUAAUGCAGUUAAUAAUUUUUUGCCAAUGAUGGAAAGAAAGUGCUUCCUAUAACUAAAAGUCUUGUGAUCAACGCCAAUCGUAACUCAUUUGAAAUACUCCCGAAUUUGAUGUCACAUCAUGGUUCAUGAUUACUGUCAAAUUAUAUAGCUAAAUAUAAAGUUCGAUCGGAACACAUGUGCUAUAGUUGUUUUCUUUUCAAAGAAUUAUGAAUAUUCGCUAGAUUUAUCUUGGUGCUAAUCAAUGUUGUAUACACAAUACAGUGUGUUAAAUAGAACAAAAUACAGGAAAUGAUAUCCUUUGGUAUAAUGUAUGUAGGUACGUAUACGUCUAGGAAUUAUAAAAGGUAAACUCGAUGAAGACAGGAAAUAUAAUAAGAUAAUUGGGUACAGGUUGGUGUAAAAGACCCAUGUAUUUCAGUAAGAAUGACUAUAACACGUACGCAAUAAGAUUAGGAUAUCAGGAGAUACAAUCAAAUGAAUCUCGCUUUGAUUUCGAAUAUAAAUUGUUUUGUUUGAAUAAUGGUUGCCUCUCUCGACUUUUCUUAUUUUCCUUUCAUUUUAAUUCGAUUUUUCAGUUUUGUCCUUUCAAUAUGGCCCGGUGUAUUUUAACUAAUUGACUUUGUCUCGUCCUGUUUUAGGAAAUAACCAUGCAAUUAAAGACGAGAAAUAUUAAGGCGCUAUGGAUGAUAGGAUGUUUACACUACAUUAUUUCGAUGGUGAAUGCUUUACCAACUGUAGAGAAAACUCCACAGAGCCCAGGAACAGAUGCUGGUGGUGUGUUUGAUACCGACCAACAAGUGGCACCCCCUACAACUGCCGAUAACACUAAUUCGGAAGAUGCAACUUCUAAAAGUGAGACCGCAGGAUCAAUCACCGACAAUGCUAUGAAUUUCCCUGCGUCCAGUGAAGCAAGUAAAUCUGGUACGGACGACGGAUCGUCUAUACCGCUUAGCGCAUUUAACACGAUGGUUCCGAUUUCGCAGGGUACCUACUCGCUUCGCGAAACUAACAGUGUGCCUACAAUAAUGACUACUACGCGGGGUAAUAUCGGCACUGGAAUACCAAGCAACGCCAUCCUUAAUACAAACCUUAACCAGCAGGCGUCACUGUCUGGUGGACAGUUAGGUAACAACGGUUUCUUAGCAACUGUUGCAAAACCAAAUCCUUCACAAAUAUCUGGUAGAGUAAUGUUUUCGCCGCUUACUAUGAGAAACAACAUGCAACGAAAUAUGAAUAUGAUUCCGAGACCAACAAGUCGUGCAACCGUGGUAGGCCCGCCUACACGUACGUCUUCUACUUUCAAGGCUUUUCAAAGCAGACCAGGAAUGACGUUACCAUUUGUGAAACCUAUCUCCAGCCAAUCGUUUACACCUAGGUUCUCUCCAACAAGGAAUUCACCAUUGCCUCCUUCAAAUUUUCAAACAUCAUUUUAUUCUCCAACUGAGCCAACAUUCCCCAUAACUCCUUUUGUUCGGUCUGGAUUUUCUUCAGUUCCGUUUCCCCCACCAUCAGCAAAUACGCGCGAAGUUCUGUCCAGGGCCCAGACAGUAACUAUUGGGCAACCAAUUCGUGUGACCUUUUCGUCUCCCCCUGCUACAUUUGCAAGAACUCUGCCCUCAGUUUCACUUCCUUCGCCAGCUUCUGUGUCAUUCCCACCGUUCAUUUCAACAUCGGUAGGUUCUUCUGUCCCGUCAAAUACGUUCUCCAGUGCACCUACUCAGUUUUUCUCUUCACUUCCGACAGUAAAUCCCAAACCCUCAACAAUCAUUCUCAAUAAUAAUGCCCUACCUAACCGCCCAGCUAACCCAGCGUCCAUACGAAUGCAAUCACCCCCACCUCCCGCGCAAGUGACAUCAUUUCAGCCACUUCCGCUAAUGAGAUCCCAAUCCCAAAUCAGUGUGACUCCGUUUAACCUUGGUUAUACACCUAUGUCUGCUCCUACAUCAAUUCCGGUUUCAUUUGCACAAAUGCCAACAGUGGUCCCAAUUUUCGCAGCCCCAAUGCCUCAAGCGACGACAAACAUUAUUGGUGGUCGUAUGUCGCCGCCACCUUUAAUUCAGCAAGCAGGAGGUUUCGUACCUAACAUUGGAGGAGGAUCACAAUUAGGAGGUUUCGUACCUAACAUUGGAGGAGGAUCACAAGUAGGAGCAGGGGAAGUAGCCACGGCAGUUGGAGGAAUACCGGGAGGUGGCAUGUUUCAGGCCAAUAUACCGCCAGUCGAAUCACCUUCCCUAAUGGCGUCAAUCAAUGAAUUUCUGAGUCCCAUGGUGAGAGGUUUUCAGUCCCUCUAAAGAUGUCCUUCUCCAGAACCACUGAUCAAAGUGUUUUGACCAUGUUACUUACAUUUGUUAUACAUUGUAUAUUUUGCAUUUGGUAAUACAACGACGUAUUUACUUUUA